CUUCCAGUGCGCACGCCUAAAAAUUGCACGAUGUGCUCAACCAUGGAUACCUAACACUGUGUUAAUAAUUGUUUUAUCGUCGUGUAUCUUGGCUGUUUAGAAUAUGUUUCGCUCGAAACAAAAUAAACGAGAUCUUUCAAUGAUUUGUCGGCACGUGGCUUGACAGGGCAGGGCUCGACAUCCUCGAAAAUACAAAUAUCUUCAAAUGCUCGAAUCUUAAAUUAUGAGAAGCAAUCUCUGAAAAUAUGAAUAUGCCGGAAGAAGAUUACGUGGAAAAGACGUUCACUUAUCAAUUUCCAACAUGCUCCACGAAUCAAAAAUAUCUGCUGGAAAUCCCAUUGAAAAUACCGUAUCAUGGCUCGGUGAAGGAACUCACUCACCGUAUAAUGUCCUCCUUCAAAUUACCAUGCUACGUGGAAACAGAUUUGUUGCAAACAUUGGAACGGACCAUCGAAAUGUUGACGCUAGAAUUUUACGACGAGAAAUCAGAGAAAGCUAUCGAGAACGCAAAAUCAGGAACGUUGGAUAUCGAAGAUAUCAUUAAGAAUUGGGAAAAGAUCUACAAGCAAAAGACAACGGAAUAUGCCGAUCCCAUGGGAACGACAGACGAGGAAUUAUUCGCUGCCGCGUAUCACAGAUUGGUACAUUCGCCUUCGUUGGAACCAAUUCUUCAAGCAGAGCAUAAGUUCGGAAGAGACGUGACCGAAGUAAUUCAGAUGAAAGAUACGCAGUACGAGCAACUCACUCAGAAGCAAACCGAGGAGAUGCGAGUUGCCGUCGAAGACCUUGAGACCGGUUCCACGGAGGAAAAAUCUAUAAACGAGAUGGCUGGUCGACAUUUCGAGGAACAAAGUCUAUUGCAAGGCCACUGGGGAUCAAGGGUCGACGCGUUGAAAUUGGAACAAAGACGACAAUAUCGCAACUGGAUCAUGAGGUUACUGGAAGAGCAGCAAACUAAUAUGCCACCGACUCCAGUGGGUUCUCCGAUGCUGUCGAUGCCACCGAUGCGCCGGGCGUUAGAGAACUUCGUUCACAGUGAAGAAAAGAACACCGCGGACUAUCCUAUUUUGGAGGAGAGUUUUACGAUACACUUGGGUUCUCAGAUGAAGCAGAUGCACAAUAUAAGAAUAUUAACGGGCGACGUUUUAGAUUUCUGUAGGACGAAAAAGAGCGAGUCCGGAAUGGAUCCGACGCCGCAAAGAUUGCAGACGGCUUUAGGAUUGUAUUCCAACGACUUGUGCGGAUUAGUCCUAUUAAGCGACAAUCAUUUGGGAACUUACUCAGGGACAACUAAAGAAUUAUGCUCGAUAUGUCAAUUAACUACGGAGUUUCAUUUUCCUCCUAUCGACGAACAGUUGGAGAAAAUUCGGGAGGACGUGAAGGAUGCCAUUGCCUGGAGGCAAGCGCAUCACAAGGAAGUAAACGAAUCGCAGACGAAAAGAUCGACGGGUAGCAAGAGCCUGCAAACGGGCGACGUUUAUAUCACAAGACAUUCAAAUCUAGCUCAGGUCCAUGUAAUUUUCCAUAUGGUCGUGAACGAUUCGUUACGAUCUGGCGAUAUCAACUCGAGGCAUCCGGCAAUCUUAGGCCUGCGAAAUAUUUUGAAAACUGCUUGUUGCAACGACGUAACUACGCUGACUAUCCCUGUUCUUCUCGUUCACGAAAUGUCAGAGGAUAUGACUGUGGCUUGGUGUACAAAAAGAGCAGAACUGGUUUUCAAAUGCGUGAAAGGGUUCAUGAUAGAAAUGGCAUCUUGGGGCGGUGCCGAAUUGAAGAAUUUACAAUUCCUAGUACCGAAGGGUAUGUCGGAGGAAGUGUUCGGUACUCUAGCUACGAUGCUACCGAGCAUAUUCCGUGUCUCGAAUCCGUUGGUGUUCAAAGCGACGAGUACACCUCAGACACCAAAGAAGUGA